CUUUCGCCCUUGACGGGGGCGGUUUGUUCCCGACAUGACACGGCCAGACUCUACCUACACCCUUCCGCCAAGACCUCCCAAGGCUCUUUUGGCAGGAACAAAGCAGCCCUCACUACAAAAUCAGCCGCAUUCGCAGCAUCAUACUCAGUUUAACACUGCCACUCUCGACAGCUCAAUGCCGCCAAGAACGUUGGACAAGGUCUUGGACCAACUGCACCCAUUCGGCUUCCCCUCCUGGAUGGACAAUGAUAAAUUACAGCUGCCACUCGCCAAUACACAAUCACCUCCCCCCAAGCCUCCUCGCAAAACGCUGAAUCCUGACGUAGCACCCUCAGCAGAACCAACUCAGCAACCACGAGCAGUCCCACCACCCAAGCCCGCUAGACAUAGGACCGUGCAAUCCAUUGCGGCGGCAGCCGCACAUGCACUGAAAGACGGAGUUAUGCGACCCACAUCCCUUGUUGUGCAGACACAAGCCAAAUCACCAGUGCUACCUGUUCCAGAUACACGACCGCAGACGUGGUACACCACCAGUAGAGAAUCCGCAGCUCGCACCUCGACUCUAUGGUCUGCCCUAGGUUUUAACAAGAGUCCUUCUUCAUCUUCGCUAUCGCUGCAGUGCACUUCUCCAACAUUCAAAACACCCACAUCCGCCACUCUUCACCCACAGGACAUUCAACUACUGAUAUCGCUCGGGGACUCGCUCAUGACAGGGCUGUGCUUGGACGACCCUAGUCACACACCCGUGCUGAACCUAUCAAAGCAGACAAACAAACACCUUGCAUGGCUCUUGUCCGGCGAGCAGAGACAUAAGACAUGUAUUGCUGGAUCUCAUCCGAGCGUCAUAUCUGUAGGAAAAUUAUUGAAAACAUUCUCCCCGAAUUUGGUCGGACUGAGCCAGACAAAAACCCGAUGUGGAGCUAGACAUGAUGGAGGAUGGAAUUUUGCUCGAUCUGGAACGACGGCUAGAGAUGUAAGAGAUCAGGUCGUCGACCUCAUAUCCAAACUCAAUAAGCCUGAAGCCACGUCAAUGAAAAACGCGUGGAAAAUGGUUUUUGUGUGGGUUGGAGCGAAUGAUGUACUCUUGGACUGGUCUGGAGAUUUGAAGGCUGAAGCGGACCAACGCGUUUGUCAACCACUUGUCGAAGCGUUACAGCUGUUGCGGAGCUGCGUCGACAAGUGUUUUGUAUGUCUCUUGACGAUUCCGGACGUGUCUGGCAUUCUGGGUCCUGAAUCAUCUAAUGCCGAUAUCCUCCUCUGUCGCCGAAAAUGUCAGGCGGUGAACAACAGCAUUCGACGAGUCGUACACGACUACGAUUGGUCGCCCGUUACGCAAUUUAAAGUCACGAUACAACCGACCAUUGAGGAACCUAUUGAUCAACAUGUCUAUAAACGCUUCCUUGCGAGCGCUGCAGACGGUGCGCACCCAAAUUGGAGGGCGCAUCAAGGAUUUGCGAAAUGUGUGUGGAAUAACUUGUUCAAAAGUGAAGAAGAUAAAUUAAUUGGAUUUGAAGAUGUCGUUAAGGCAGAAUGGGUGUGGCCUGGGGAGGGAGUAUACUUUGCUUGAUAAUUUGCUUGUUAAUGUUUUUUAUAUUUUGGUGGGUAAUGUACAUGCGUGUGGUGCAUGCAUUUGUAAAUAUGAAAAGGGACGUUUUCUCCGUCUGGAGGGGAGUUUUUAAUCAAUCAACCCAUUCUAUUUCGGAGGAUGACCGUUGCAUCUGUACAGAGUUUACAACAGAGUAUACCAUACUGUCCGUCGAGGAGGGUGAAACUGGGGAUAGUAUAGGUUUUGUCAACCUUGUAUAGUACGGGUGCUACCAGCAAAGCUCUAAUUAGCGCUACUAGUCCAGUAAUUAAAACAAAUAACAGAGGAAACAAACCUGCCGCACG